AUGGACGGUGUAUUAGGUAUGGCUCUCUCACCAUACCAUCCCGGCAGAGAUCGCUUCCUCUACUUCCACUCGCUCGCUGCCACUACGGAGAACGUAGUGAACACGAUGGUCCUCAGGAACAAUUCUUACAUAAAUGCUCCUAGUAUUGACCCAGACGCAAUUUAUGUCUUCCCAAAAGAACGCUCAUCUCAAUCAGCAGCUGAAGCCAUAGACCGCAACGGCACUAUGUACUUCGGUCUCAUGGAUCCACCCAGUAUUCUGUGUUGGAAUACUGCCACCGAAUUCUCUUCUCAAAAUUUCCACACAGUAGCUGCCGAUAAUGAAACCUUACAGUUUGCAAGUGGUGUAAAAAUUGUAUUAAAUGACAGAGGAGAAGAGGAACUUUGGGUCUUAACAUCAAGUUUGCAAAGAUGA